CGCACCUGCUUGGAUCCAAGGGAUUAAGAGGAGGGGCUCGCUUCCACUCAGUUCCAGCGCCGAUUUCGGGAAAAGGAAAUUCAUAUUCCGACAUCCCGAGUAAACAGACAGUCGCCUGUUUAUGCGAAUUGUAGCGUAGUCUAUGACUAAAAAGGAAUUACACCCGAUUUACCAUUUCAAACGAACGACAGCAAACAAUCAGCAAUGCGUAUACAGUUCAGGGGCGCUCGCGUGCCUUAUUUCAGUAUCUCCUGGCAACAGACAGAUGAGGAGAUGGAAAGGGAUUGUGAAGGAAAGAGAAGACUGGAAGGAAUAAAUUUGGAAUUAAGUUCAAGUCAGUGCACCACUGUAAGACAUAAUGUCUUGUCACUUUCGCAGUUUUAUGUCUGUACUGUUAAGUUUCGGUAUGAAUGGCAUGCAUUCAGAUUAAUUGUCGUUGGUCUUCACAAACUCGAAUACUUUGUUUCUGUUUCCUCUGUAAAGCGUCUUUGUGACAGUGUCUCUGUGAAAAGCUAUGUACAUAUAAAUUCGAAUUGAAUUGAAUUAGAAGACUCAAAUUCUGGGCAAAAUAAGAGCGAUAUGCAUUCUUUCUUCUAAAGCAAUGACACUUACAUGCACAACAAUCUUUUUAUUUUCACAUCAUGUUUUUAAUAGGCCUUAACGAUGAUUACGUCAAAUGCUAAAUGCAGUGGUAUUCCAUUCGGGUGUAACGUUUUUGUAAACUUCUUACUGUGGAAUAUUAGAGAGGUAUGGAGGCGCCAGGUGCCUUGAUGACUUAAUUGUGGUGAUGUAAUCUUGUGACCAAUUAAAAUCCAAUUAAAAUGGAAGAAGAUAAUGUUGUAACUGAGGCCUUCAUCACUGCUCAUGCAAGUGGAGUAGUCACACCAGAAAACCAUAUCCUUGAGCUCCGAAACAUGUCAACUCCCUUGACCCACUGGGAUAACAUAAGUGUAAAGGAGAUCUUCCCUUUGGAGAGACACUUCUACAGCCAGGACAGAACGUACAGGGACUUCACCACCGCCAUUCAGGUGCUUAUCUUUAUCGGCUCUCUAUUGGGUAACACCAUGGUGCUGUGGUCCACAUGCCGCACUUCUGUCUUCAAGUCUGUGACCAACUGCUUCAUCAGGAACUUAGCUUGCUCUGGCAUCUGUGCCAGCCUGGUGUGUGUGCCCUUUGACAUUGUGCUGAAUGCCAGCCCACACUGCUGCUGGUGGGCCUACACCUUGCUCUUCUGCAAGGUCAUCAAGUUCCUCCAUAAGCUGUUCAGCUCCGUCAUCAUCCUCAGCUUCACGGCCAUAGCCCUGGACAGGUACUACUCAGUUUUGUAUCCACUAGAGAGGAAAAUCUCGGACUCCAAAUCCCGAGACUUGCUCAUCUACAUCUGGGUCCAUGCUGUUGUGGCCAGUGUGCCCGUGUUUGCCGUGACCAACGUGACAGACAUCUACGCCACAGCCCUGUGUACGGAGCCCCAGAGCCCUUCUCUGGGCCACCUGGUCUAUGUGGUGGCCUACAACGCCAGCACAGUGGUCCUGCCGCUGAGUGUGGUCUUCGUCCUCAUGGUGCUGAUCCGCAGGGCCCUGAGCGCCAGUCAGAAGAAGAAGGUGAUCAUCGCCGCCCUGCGCACGCCCCAGAACAGCAUCUCCAUCCCCUACGUUUCUCAGCGCGAGGCGGAGCUGCAUGCCAUGCUGCUGUCCAUGGUGCUGACUUUCCUGGUCUGCAGCGUGCCCUACGCCACGCUGGUGGUCUACCGAUUGGCGAUGGACGCCCCCGAGCUCUCGACGUUCCUUUUGCUCACCGCAGUCUGGCUGCCCAAAGUCUCUCUGCUUGCCAACCCACUGCUCUUCCUCACCGUCAACAGGUCGGUGCGCAAGUGCCUGCUGGGCACCCUGGCCCAACUGCACCGGCGCUACAGCCGGCGCAACGCGGUGAGGGCCGGCGGCCUGGUGGAGGUGGUGGGCGAGCCGGGCGUGCGCUCGGGCAGCCAGCUCCUGGAGAUGUUCAACAUCGGGCAGCAGCAGAUCUUCCAGGCCACCGAAGAGGACGAGGAGAAUGAGGUGCGCUCCGUGGCGUCCGGGGACUUUCAGCACAGUGAGCUGGAGCAAGCCCCUCCCCCCUCGGGCCUCGGGCUCAGGCCUUCGCAGCCGCAGGCGGGCGCCGGUGGGCCGGGUGCCGGGGGCGCGGUCCCCAAGUGCUCCCCGCUGCACGGCUGCGCAGAAUCCUCCUCCCAGGUGGCUCCAGCCAUGCCCUUGGAAGGGGAAGAGGGCGGCGACAAGUACACCACGCAGAUGGGCUUCGGGCCCUUUGAGCUGCCCCCGCAGUGGCUCUCAGAGACCAGGAACAGCAAGAAGAGGCUCCUCCCCCCGCUGGGGAACACUCCCGAGGAGCUCAUCCAGACCAAGCAGCCCAAGAUCCGCACCACAGAGAGACGUAUCAGCAGAAACAACAAAGUCAGUAUAUUCCCCAUAGUGGACCCAUGAGAUUUACACACAACUUUUUCCCACACUCUUUCAUUUCUGCUGUGGAGCACACAAUAUUCCCUUAUCAGCUUCAUCAGACUGCUCUUUUUUUGGCAGGAGAAUAUUUGAACAGUAGAUCUUAUUUAGGACAGAUUAUUGCAUUAUUGCAGGACUUCUACAAAUUUAUAAUCAAAGUUUAAUGUACGGCAUAUUUUCAUGUUACGCUUCCACAACGGCAGUGUUAUAUAGCCAAUUUUCAUAUUUUUUUAAACAACAUUUCACUCUUGCAUACUAAUGGGACUGGAUUCAGCUCUGUGAUCAUUGUGAAUGGAAAUACUCUUCUUUCCAAAUCAGGCUCCCAAAGCAGGAUCAUGUGACCCACCAUGAGCUGGCAGUUUCCUUAUGAUUUCCCCAUUUUAAUGAGUCAAUUUGGGAUGUUUUCUUUAAAAAAAACAAAAAAACAACAUUUUCGCUAAUGAUGUAUCAGAAGGCAAACCUUUUUUCUUUAUGUAACAUUAUUCCAGCAAACGUGGCGAGUGUUUUCCAUGAGUCAGAUAAUUGUUUGUAAUAAAAUAAUUUGAUCAUUCAGCUGUUUUUCUGUAGCAGGCAGGCACUAAAUGAGGCAGUUUAUUCAAGUAAGUAUAGAAUUACAACACUCAUUUUACAGUUGCCAAAAUGUAUUAUUCAGAGAAUAUUUAAAUGAUAAAAUUGGGUUCUGUUCUGGCUGUGUACUUUCAAAGCAAUACAUAUUAAAGGCUUUGUUGAACAGUGCUCUGUAAAAUUUAAUCAUAAUCCCUAUAAUUACAUUGCUGUAAUUUUGAUGACUUCAUUGGUAGCAAUAUAUAUUUAAUUCACUGUGUAAUAAUUCUCUAACGAUACAGACCUACUUCAUUAAAAAAAAACAUUUAAAAGGCAAUAUUUUUUUUGAUUCAGGAGAAGUCAUUAAAUUUGACCCUUGAAACACACUGAUCAAAUCUGUUUUUUUUUAUCGUGGUACUGUUCUUUAGACACUAUGAACUCCUCAAUAAUUCAGUGAGGUUUUUAAUUAUUUCUAACAUUGCUGAAAAUGCAUAACAGUCAUAAGUAUACUUGUAAGACAUAAUGUUAAAUGUAUGUAUUAAAUGUAUGUAUAAAGAGCAGCGGGGAACCAAAUAAUUAUGUUACAGUUUUCUCAUUUAGAUUUCAAUAUUUCGUAUUGUUCAACAGAAAUUAGGUGCUUGGAAUUGGACACGAACAAAACAAUGUGCAAAGCACAAGCUUGCCCAGAAUUAUACUGUUUUCUAGGCUUACAUGUGUUUAUGUUCUGUUAUUUUCAAAGCUCAUAGCGUGUUCUGUCAUUGCUACUCACAGCAUAGAAUGGGUGGUUUAUGGUUUUGACCAACCACCAGGUCAUGUUUUCAAUGCUAUUGUGAUUUUAAAAUGUGUGACGAAACAAAUUGUGACAAAACAAGGGAAACCAAAUAGCAUUUUAGACCCCAUAAAUUCUCUUAUUAAACAUAAUCUGAUUUACCUCUCAGUGGUGAAAACAGCCUUUUCUGAAUGCACCCCAUUUUCAUUGAGGUACUAAAUAUUUUUCAAAUUUAGUUGCAUAUUCUUCUGUACUAUUUUGAAAAGGCAAGAAAAGUAAGAUUGAUCUUUUCAUCAUAGUAAUGCUGUGAAUUGACCAUUUGCAUUGGUAUUGCAGAGCUAAAUUUAACCACUGUUAGUUCUUUCUGAAGUGCCAGCAACAAAGAUGACUUAAUAUGCAGUAAAUCUUCCAUCACAUUGUUUCUUUUAUUUUAAGAACAUUUUACAUUAAUUGUUACGAAGUUACAGACUAUGUGUACGACCAGAACAACAAGAACAGCAAGGGGGUCAAAUACACCAAAUAACACCAAUGAGAAAGAUUACUAAAUAAAAUAGGCUUAAAAUAGAGCCUUUGCUCAUUACCAUGUCUAGGUUGAAAAUAGAAUUUUGUCUUUUUAAGUUCUUAGUCAUGCACCACAAAGGAAAUACAGCAGUAAAUGCAGUGAAUGUAGUAAAUUAUGUAGUUUUCUAGUUCCCAAUAAAUUAAUUUUAUCCUCCGCAAAA